GCGCGCGUGACGCGGCGGGAAGGGGCGGGGCUGUCGGCGCGCGCGCUCCGGGCGGGCGGGGGAGGGGCCGCGGCGGGCGCGAUGCUCUUCUACUCCUUCUUCAAGUCCCUGGUGGGGAAGGACGUGGUGGUGGAGCUGAAGAACGACCUCAGCAUCUGCGGGACCCUCCACUCGGUGGAUCAGUACCUGAACAUCAAGCUGACGGACAUCAGCGUCACGGACCCCGAGAAGUACCCCCACAUGCUGUCGGUGAAGAACUGCUUCAUCCGGGGCUCGGUGGUCCGUUACGUGCAGCUGCCGGCCGACGAGGUGGACACGCAGCUGCUGCAGGACGCGGCGCGCAAGGAGGCGCUGCAGCAGAAGCAGUGACCCCCGGGACCCCCCCCACACCCCCCCCGGGACCCCCCGGGACCCCCACACCCCCCCCGGGACCCCCACACCGGGG